AUGCGAUCCUCGGUUUUCAUCUCCGGAGCCAUUCUGGCCAUUCUUCAGGCUAUUCCUUCGAGCGCCCUGCCGGCUGCUGAUGCCAAAUCGGCCCAGGGCCCCAUUCCCGGCUACCGCAUCGAGGAUAUCACCUGGCAAGUCAAGGCCCGUCCAGAUGGCCCUACCAUGAACGUUACCGGCACCAUUCAGCAGGUUUUCGAUGCUCUCGACAAGGCCAACCCCAACUUCCGCCAUGACUUUGGCAUCGCCAACAAGUCUGUGCUCCCUGCGACCGCUGAGUCCUCCAGCUCUUACGAGGUCGAGAAGGUCGUCUGCACUGGGUUUGAUUAUGCCCGGAAGGAUGCUACCCAGGAUGGCAUCAAACACCUCAACAGUGUCCCUGGUGCGCCUGCCAACGGACCCGGCCCCGGCAACUGCGGUCGCGUUAGCUGCUCGUAUGACAGCGCUAUCUAUUGGUGCAACGAUAACCCGGAGGUCAAGUCACUCGACUCGUACAGCUCCAUCGGUUGGGCUGCUCAGUUUACUCUGGACUCCAAGGACAAAGCCUGCAAGGAUAUUUGGGGCGAAACCCCCGUUGACGACGGCGUCAAGGGCCAGGUCUUCGUCGAGGGCAACUGGAACGUUGUCGUCCGCAAGGAUGACUGCUAA